AUGAGUUCCGCGCUUCCUGUCGCCUUGCAGAACAAGCUGCUGGGCUACGGCCGGGCCUCCAGCGCGCACUUGUCCGCCCUGAAUCUGGACCUGCUCCGCAAUAUCGUGUUCAUCCUGUUCAUCCUUCGGUAUACGCGCAAGACCUUCUACUCGCUCCGUGGCUACGGUCUUUUCGGAAGUAUCCGCAAUGUCUACAUCGCCGUCCGUCUGUUCUUCUACUCCGUCUUCCUCCGCACCCCCGGCGUGCGCGGCCAAGUCGACAAGCAGGUCUCUACUGCCAUCGCAAACCUCGAAUCGAAGCUCGUGCAGAGCGGACCUGAUGUGAACCGUUACCUGACGAUCCCAUCAGAGGGGUGGUCGGCCGAUAAGAUCCGGGAAGAGCUCAACAAGCUUGCCGGGCUGGAGCAUACCCGUUGGGAGGAUGGCCGUGUCAGCGGUGCCGUGUAUCAUGGAGGCGAGGAUCUGCUGAAGCUCCAAGCUGAGGCAUUCGGCCAGUUUGGGGUUGCGAAUCCGAUCCAUCCGGACGUCUUCCCUGGUGUUCGGAAGAUGGAAGCCGAGGUCGUUGCGAUGGUGCUAAACCUCUUCAAUAGCCCUACAGAUGGCGCUGGUGUCACUACUAGCGGUGGCACUGAGUCUAUCAUCAUGGCCUGCUUGGGUGCUCGGCAAAAGGCAUUCCUCGAGCGAGGGGUGACUGAGCCUGAGAUGAUCAUCCCCGAUACUGCCCACGCGGCUUUCAUCAAAGCUUGCAAUUACUUCAAGAUCAAGCUGCACCGUGUGCCCUGCCCCGAACCCGAGUUCAAGGUCAAUGUCAACGCCGUCCGUCGUCUGAUCAACCCCAACACUGUUCUUCUCGUGGGCUCGGCACCCAACUUCCCCCACGGCAUUGUCGACGAUAUCCCCGCUCUGUCGCGUCUCGCUACCAAAUACAAGAUCCCCCUCCAUGUCGACUGCUGCCUCGGAUCUUUCGUCAUUGCUCUUCUCAAGAAGGCCGGCUUCCCGUCUCCUUACGAGGAGGAGGGUGGCUUUGACUUCCGCCAGCCUGGUGUGACCAGCAUCAGCGUCGACACUCACAAAUACGGAUUUGCGCCCAAGGGUAACUCUGUCCUCCUCUAUCGCAGCAAGGCCUACCGCAGCUACCAGUACUUCAUCUACCCUGACUGGUCCGGUGGUGUCUAUGCCUCUCCUUCCAUCGCUGGCUCCCGCCCCGGUGCUCUGAUUGCUGGCUGCUGGGCCAGUCUGAUGAACGUUGGUGAGACCGGUUAUAUCAACAGCUGCACCGAGAUCGUCAACGCCGCUCGGAAGUUCGAGUCUGCUGUGCGUGGACACCCCGUGAUCUCUCUUCAUAUGGAGGUCAUUGGCAGCCCCAUGGUCAGUGUCGUCGCAUUCCGCAGCAAGAACGGUGCCAUCGAUACUUACGACAUUGCCGAUGACCUGUCCAGCAAGGGUUGGCACCUGAAUGCCCUGCAAUCUCCCGCCGCUCUGCACUGCGCUUUCACCAUCCCCACCGCUAAGGCCGUGGAUACCCUGAUCACUGACCUUGUGGCCGUUAUUGACAAGGAGCUGGAGAAGGCCGAGGAUCGUCGCCAGCAAGGCAAGGCUUACAUCCUCAAGCGCGGCGAUACCUCCGCUUUGUACGGUGUGGCCGGCAGCAUCCCCGACAAGAGUAUUGUCAGCCGUCUGGCUGAGGGUUUCCUCGACACCUUGUACAAAGCUUAA